AUGGGCACUGACGAGGAUGCAAAGCACCACAAGAGAAACAAUCGCGUCCUGAUCGGCCUGCUGUCGCAGCCAAGCGAUCCAGCAGGCAGGCAUGAAUCCUAUAUUGCAGCUUCGUAUGUCAAAUUCCUGGAAGCUGCGGGAGCCAGGGUGGUGCCUUUCGUCCACGACAUGGACAAGGCCGAGAUCAAGAGGAGGUUCGACAUGAUCAACGGCUUCCUUAUCCCUGGGGGCUCUGCACGGCUGAGCCCAGGUCACACCUUCUUUGACACUGCGACUGAGGUUGUUCGCCUGGCGAAUGAGGCCAAUGACAAUGGGGACUACUUCCCAAUACUGGCCAUCUGCCUCGGCUUCGAGACGCUGGCAGUCAUCGCCUCGGGCAACACCAGCAUCCUGGGCAGCUAUGAUUCCGAGGACACGGCUGCGCCACUGUACUUCACAGAGAAGGCACUGGGGAGCCGUUUCUUCGGCAGCUUGCGGCCGGAGAUCGUCGCUGAUUUGGCGGCCAAACCGUACGCGCGUGAAAGCCACAGCCAUGGCCUCUCCCUGGCAUCCUUCGAUGCCGACAAGGUGCUCAAGGAGGAGUACGAGGUGCUGUCGCUCAGCACUGACCCUGAGGGAGAGGUGUACAUCUCCACGAUGGAGAGCAAGAAGUACCCGUACACAGCCACGCAGUGGCAUCCUGAGAAGAACGCCUUUGAGUGGGGAGACAAGCUGCACAUUCCCCACUCCAAGGGAGCCAUCGAUGUCACCUAUGCUGUGGCGUCGUUCUUUGUGGACGAGGCGCGCGGCAGUUUCCACGCGCCGCGCGAUGUGAUCGAGGAAGACAAUGCGUUGAUCUACGGCGCGCGGCUGGAGUUCACCGGCCGCCACACCAGCGAGGACGACGCGCCCUGGAUGGACGAGGGAUAUUUCUUUGAUGACUGGUCCAGGAGCAGGGACGCCGCUGCAGACAGGGCGGGCUCAUCUGCAUCAUGAAGCAAGUAGUGUGUCACAGGCAUUAAGUUGCAGUAGAGGUUGAAAGGAUGCACUGGGUACCUUGAGUGUCACCAAGCGAGGCUUUACUGGGCAUUUUGCUUUAGCCUGCAGGGCUCGCAGCUCUAUAGCAUUGUUACCAUGCCAUGAUGGGCGUUCAGCAUUAAUUUACUCCCCAGCUGUUCACUGCAUUUUGGGUAAUGUUUAAAUGUUUCAGCACUGUACUGUUGGUCAGCAAAGACUUGUG